GCUGUCCACAUUAUGAUUGGCAUCUUUCACGUUCUCAUGUGGUAUUUCCUAUUGGUUUUGUAUAUGGGACAAAUUAAAGGAGUCUUUGGGACAUAUGAACCUAUAACUUACAAAACAAGAUGCGCUUUAUGGGGAAUUAUUUUUAUCAUUUCAGGAGUCACCAUAAUAAGAGCAGCAACACAUCCAACUCAACGACUGGUUUCAUGUGCUUUGAUCAUGAACAUCUUAUGUGUAAUUACUGCACUUAUUGCAACAGUUCUAACAACAAUUGAAUUGUCUUAUUUUGAUUCUGUGUCAUAUAGGAAUUAUGGACAAGCAAAACUUGGGAGGGAAGUUUCACGAAUUUUACUGUUAUCCUACCCCUUGGAAUAUUUUAUUGCAUGUACGUACUCCAUCUUUGGCUGUAUUGAUUUGGCUGGGCGGAGCUCCAAGAGUCGCAUGUCAGCCCCGGUUCUCGCGCGGCUGCACGCGCAGCGCCUCCAGCAACCGCGCACUUGGCCACAACCGCAGCGUUGGAACCGCGCGGGGUAG